GUUUCCUACAACAAAGAGAAGAUUUUGAACACAAUUCAUUGAUGAUGACUGAUACUUUCGAUGAUACAAGUAUUACAGAGGAGGCCGUGGACAAGGUCCAUGUGAACCUGUCCAAACCAUCAGAGUCCGACAUGCUCUUUUAUUACCAGCGAAUCCUUCCGUUUAAGCAUAUCUUCAAAUGGUUGAACCACGCUGUCAAACCAACGAAGGACUUCACAAUGCGAGAGUUUGCCUACGAAUUCCGCCUGGGAGCAUAUCAAAGAUACAACUCUUUUAGUACAGCGGACGAAUUCCAGAAGUCUGUUGUCAGCGCCAACCCAACACGUUUCGAGGUAGGGGCCAUUUACACUGUAAAUCCAAAGGAGAGAAAAUCUCUUCCAAAAAAUGCCAUGAAACCCAUUUCAAAAGAGUUAGUGUUUGAUAUUGAUUUGACAGACUAUGACGAGAUCAGGACUUGUUGCUCAAAGACAGAUAUUUGUACAAAAUGUUGGAAGUUCAUCCAGGUGGCGAGUGAGAUCAUCUCCGUGGCGCUACGCGACGAUUUUGGUUUUACCAACUUUAUAUGGGUGUUCUCCGGAAGAAGAGGUGCGCAUUGCUGGGUAAGCGAUAAACGAGCUCGUAGUCUAGAUGAAGCUUCCAGAAAAACUGUGGUGGAGUACAUGAACGUAUUGGGCUCGAAGUCUAACAAAAUGGGGAAGUCGUCUUUGGGGAUCAAGAAACCAUUCCAUCCUCACGUUGAAAGAUCUUUAGACAUUUUGAAAGUCCGCUUUUCUGAGAUCAUUUUAGAGGACCAGGAUCCUUGGUGUACAUCUCAUGGUUCAGAAGAAAACUGGGCCCAGGUCGAGGAGAUGUUGGCCUUUAUACCAGAACAAACACUCCGCAAUUCCUUGAAAGCAAAGUGGAAAGACCAGACGCUGUUUUCACUGUCACGCCAGAAAUGGGAGGAUUUGAAUUCCGUGGCUCAAUCGGUGCUUAAGAAUAAGUCCCAAGUGGCCCAGCUCAACGAGGCAAAGAAGGACAUCAUCAUUUACUAUAUGUAUCCACGUUUGGAUAUUGAGGUCUCCAAACAAAUGAUCCACUUGUUGAAGUCUCCUUUUUGUAUACACCCAGGCACAGGAAAUGUAUGUGUUCCUUUCGACCCUUCUAAAAACUUGUCAGGAAACAUGGAAGAUGAUGCAUACGGGUUCAAUCCAAUGACGGCCCCAAACCUCAAAAAAAUACAGGAUGAGAUUGAGACCUGGGAUUCUCAACGGGCAAUCAGAGAUUCCAGUGAGCCUGCUGAAGGAUCAGAUUCCCCUCCCAAAAGCGUACACGACUACGAAAAGUCCUGUCUCAAACCUUACACUGAGUACUUUAGUCAUUACGUCAACAGAUUGAUUACAGAGGAGAUGAGAGAUUCAGGAAAAAGAAGCUCGGAUCCAUUGGAGUUCUAAUGAAAAAACAAAUCUAAAUGACUUAUAUAAAUGCGGGGGCUAUGUAUAAUAAUGUCAAUUCCCAGACUUAAAGAUCACUUACACCAAAGGGCAUUCGUUAGAGCCCACGCUGUCGUCACAAGGACUUGGAUCUUCGAGUGUGCCACUAUGAUUCUUGAUAAUGAUGGUGUGCUGGUAUAUAUCGAGGAAUUUCUUUGUAUCAGACUCAUCAUCAUAGUGAUACCAUUCGAGAUACUCGUUUAUGUCAUCGUACUUAACAAAACCCGCGUUGAGAUAUAUGUCAUUGUAGUUGAGGUAAGGGUAGUGCCACUUAGGCGUGAAAAUGAGCGUAGGGCUGGUUUUGAGUUCGUCAACACUGAGACGCUCAUCUAAACUCAAAGUCAAAGCAAACUUUGACAGUUUUAUAUCGAAUUCAGAUUCUUUGAUAGUUCCCAAAGUAGCGACAACGAAAGGUCUCAUUACCGCACUC